AAUUUGAAAAUAGUAACCCGGAUAUGGUGCAGCAGCUAGGAGAUCAUGGAAGUCAAUGUAGCCCAAUAAUUUAGUUUCAGAAUAAUGAUUCUGUUUUAGCUCUCUUUAAGACUUAAAACUUGUGAUACCAGGUUUUAAAGGGCUUUAUUGAAUUAAAUACAAUCGCUGCACAGAAUGUUGGCCACCGGGGCAGCUGUAACCACAGCACUGGCGCAAGUGGACAGAGAAAAGAUCUACCAGUGGAUCAAUGAACUGUCCAGUCCAGAGACCAGGGAAAAUGCCCUCCUGGAACUCAGCAAGAAGAGGGAGUCUGUGCCUGACCUGGCUCCCAUGCUGUGGCACUCAUGCGGCACCAUAGCGGCCCUGCUUCAGGAAAUCGUCAACAUCUACCCAUCAAUCAACCCCCCCACACUAACAGCACACCAGUCCAACCGAGUAUGUAAUGCGCUUGCACUCCUUCAGUGCGUGGCCUCUCAUCCAGAGACAAGGUCAGCUUUCCUGGCUGCACACAUCCCGCUCUUCCUCUACCCGUUUUUACAUACCGUGAGCAAGACGCGGCCAUUUGAGUACCUCCGUCUCACCAGCUUAGGAGUCAUUGGUGCUUUGGUGAAAACCGACGAACAGGAAGUAAUCAACUUCCUGCUGACUACAGAGAUCAUUCCCUUGUGCCUUCGCAUCAUGGAAUCUGGCAGCGAGCUCUCCAAAACGGUCGCAACCUUCAUACUACAGAAGAUUUUACUGGAUGACACAGGGCUGGCAUAUAUUUGUCAAACUUAUGAGCGCUUCUCCCACGUUGCAAUGAUUCUUGGGAAAAUGGUACUGCAGCUUUCCAAAGAGCCAUCAGCCCGCCUGUUGAAGCAUGUAGUACGCUGUUACUUACGUCUGUCUGACAACUCCAGAGCCAGAGAGGCUCUCCGUCAGUGCCUCCCCGACCAACUUAAAGACACCACCUUCGCCCAAGUUCUGAAGGAUGACACCACCACCAAGCGAUGGCUGGCCCAGCUGGUGAAGAACCUGCAGGAGGGUCAAGUCACUGAUCCCCGGGGCAUCCCUUUGGCCCCGCAGUGACUCCUCGCCGACCCUGAGGAAUACCAGCGAAGAACUGCCUAACAACCGAUCAUUCAAUCACGGAUGCACGGAGCUGGUGCUGUUUUUUUUUUUUUAAUUUUUAUGAAAGACAUUCAGAGGAAAAGGGUGCAGCCUGGUUUAUUUUCGUGAUGAGACUGUGCACUUCUGUUCCCAUGGAUCCAUGCUUUUAAAGACAUUCACAUUUGUUGCCUCGCCACGUGUUCUGCAACUGAUUUACAGAUCUCCAAUAAACCGUUGAAUAGCAAA